GAACCAGAUUAUCAUUCGAUACAUAGCAGACUACAGUUUAUUCCUCCAGAACUAUUAUUUCUUUCUCUUCCUAUGGAUUCCCUGAAGAGUACUGAACCAUGUUCCCGAGAAGAGGAAAGAAAAAAUUGUGAUCUCUUUCUAGAUCUUAACCUUUCUAGCCCAAUCGUUAGAUCUUCUCUAGAUUCAACAAGAAAACCUGAAGGUUCCGGGGAUAAGCCAAGGAUCUUCCCUUGCAACUUCUGCAACAAGAAAUUCUAUAGCUCACAGGCACUUGGGGGACACCAGAACGCACACAAGCGCGAACGGACUGUAGCGCAGAAACCGCGGUUAGGAGGAAUGGCUAUGGUGGCUUUCGAAGAUUUGCAGUUGAACGACCACCCACACUCAAGCUUGGCUUCUCUUCCUAUGCAGGGUUCCUUCAAUAGGUCUCUUGGCAUUCAGGUUCACUCAAUGAUCCAUAAGCCACAUCCUAAUGGACAUCAAGGUAGGUGGUCUAGACACCCUAUUGAUCAACAACCAGCAAUUGGAAGGCUAACAGCUAUGGACUAUAAUGUUGGAGUGGUCGCUGGAACAUCAUCUGGAAGUGGCACUGCUAGGUUCAACACUGCCAAAGAGGCUAUUGGGGGUAGUGGGUUGUCAAAUCCUGGUAGUUCUAAGACAAGCAAGAACACAAGGAACCUUGAUUUGUCUCUCAAGCUCUAAGGAGUAUUGCUUUCCUUCUUUUUCUAUUUACCCUCAAAAUACUGGCUGUGAUCUUUGCUACUCUUUUAGUAAGAAUAUAUAUUAUAUAAAAAGAAUUCUGGUGUAGGAAGGUUUAAGAAGUUUGAUUGUAAGAGUCUUGAAUUGUAAGUACAUAGAUUUUUAAACUGGUAGGUGGCAGAUCUGGUUCGAACUUGGAAGCUUCCUUUGAUGCUUACGUGAGAAUCUUGUCUAUUUGAAAAGGGUAAGAUUCAAUUACUUUAAAGUUUAUAUGACAAGAAAAGCUGUAUGCAAGCUUACCCUAAAUGUAGAGGAAGUUAUUUAUGUGCAAGAUCCUGAAUAUAUUCUGGUAUUAGUACCCUUAUGGUAGCAAA